AUGCGAAAACAUCUUCAACAUUAUGGUUAUUUUACGGGUCGUGGAGAAGUUAUAAAAAAAUAUGGAUUUUUCCCGUCAAAAUCUCAACUUAUUUCAUCAUCAAGUGAUCCUGAAUCAAGUAGUAGUGACGAAGAACCAGAAAAAUAUAAAAGUAAAUCAAGCGUCCUGGAUGCAAAACUACCUAUUCGACAAGCUCGUAUACCAUAUGGUUUAAAUUGUCGAGGUGGUGCAAAUGAUGAUUAUUCAUUUGAACCUCGAUGGCCUAUGGAAGUCGAAGUAUUAAAUGAACCACGCAUUAAACAUAUUAAUAUUUCACCGAUGCAACCUGAAGUUUUUUAUAAACCAACAACUAAUUAUGGACCAUCUAUACGUAGUGGUGGUGAAAAUAUUGGUCGUAGUGUUUUUAAUUAUAAUCCCGAAUCAUGUGGUUAUUUUAUUCGAUCUCGGAUUGGUGGUAAUAGAGAAGGUUGUCGACAAGCAGCUACUUUACUUCGAAAUAAUGAAGAUACAACUGUUUUAUUUGAAUCACGUUUUGAAAGUGGAAAUUUAAUGAAAGCUGUUCAAGUAGGUGAAUUUGAAUAUGAACUUUAUCUUCGAUAUGAUCUUUAUACGAAACGUAAUACACAAUGGUUUUAUUUUCGUAUGCAAAACAUUCGAGUUGAUAAACGAUAUCGUUUUACAAUUGUUAAUUUUUUCAAACCUACAAGUCUUUAUAGUUGUGGAAUGAGACCUUUGAUGUACAGUGUUUAUGAUGCAGAAACUAAAGGUAUUGGUUGGCAACGAUGGGGUGAAGAAAUUGUUUACUAUAAAAAUAAUCUACCUGCACCUGACAAUUCCUCAUGUAAUAUGUAUUCUCUUACUUGGACAUGUAAAUUCCCAAAUAAUAAUGAUACAUAUUAUUUUGCUCAUUGUUAUCCAUAUACAUAUUCUGAUUUACAAGAUUAUCUUAAUGAAAUUCAAAAUGAUCGUUUUAAAAGUCAAUAUUGUAAACAAAAAGUUCUUUGUCGAACAUUAGCUGGAAAUUUUAUUUAUUUGCUUACAAUAACAAAUCCAGCAACUGUACAAGUAAAUAAUACAAGUACAUCACCUGAAAAUCAAGUCAAAAAAGGUGUUGUUGUAACAGCACGUGUUCAUCCAGGUGAAACAAAUGGAUCAUGGAUGAUGAAAGGUUUAUUAGAUUUUUUACUUGGUGAUUCAGCUGAUGCAAAAUUACUGCGAGAUAAUUUCAUUUUUAAAAUAGUUCCAAUGCUUAAUCCUGAUGGUGUUAUUGUUGGAAAUUAUCGUUGUUCAUUAGCAGGUCGAGAUUUAAAUCGAAAUUAUAAAACGAUACUUAAAGAUGCUUAUCCAUCAAUAUGGCAUACAAGAGAAAUGAUCAAAAGAUUUAUGAAUGAAACAGAACUUGUUCUUUAUUGUGAUUUUCAUGGUCAUUCAAGAAAACAAAAUGUUUUUGUUUAUGGUUGUGAAAAUAAACACUUACCUAAUGAAAGAUUUAAAGAAAGAAUAUUUCCAGCAAUGUUAUCAAAAAAUGACCCUACGAAAUUUUCAUUAUAUUCAUGCAAAUAUAAAGUUCAAAAGCAUAAAGAAGGUACUGGACGAGUUGUCAUGUGGUCAAUGGGUAUUAUGAAUAGUUAUACAUUAGAGGCAACAUUUUGCGGAUCAACUCAACAGGAUCGAGCCGGUCAUCAUUUUACUAUAAAAGAUUUUGAAUCUAUUGGUUAUCAUUUUCUUGAUUCUUUACUUGAUUAUUGUGAUCCAGAUCAUACAAAACGAGAUCGAAUAUUACUGGAACUCGAAGAUAAUAUACGACGUUCUAUACAAAUUAAACUUUUAUCACGUGGCAUUAAUCCAGGAUCAUUAGAUGAUAUUGAUCUUGAUCAAUUUUCAUCGGAUGAUGAUUCAAGUGAUGACGCAGGAUCAGAUUCAUCAACAGAUGACGGUUUACCAAAACAUUUAGAAGCAAUUGUAGCAGCUAAAGCUCAAUUAAAAAAAACAAGAAAGAAACCAGCACCAACAAAACCAAUUAGAGAAACUAAAAGAAAAGAUGAAAUAGAUAAAGAAAAUCUUGAAAAAAAUAAAACUGUUGGAUUACCCUUAACAAAAAUUCGUCAUUCUCAAUUUUCAACUAUUACGGAACUUGAAUGUAUGCAACAAAGAAGAAAACGUCGUAAUCAUGUGGCUUAUCACGUUUGCAAAUGUUUAACCUGUUUAAAGGCUCAAGUGUCCCAUAUUGAAAUGCGAUUGACUAAUGAUGUGACUAAACCAAUAUCAUUAACAUCGGCACGUCGAUUAAGAGAUACUAAUAAUGAUCCAGUUCGAUAUGAAGGUUCAAAUGGUAUGAAUAAUCGUUCAAAUCGAUGGUCAACAUCGACAACACAAAUAACAAACAGUCGUUUAACAACAGCUGAAGAAAAAGCACGAAGAUCUCAAAUGUUCUGUCCUAUUCAUGAAGACGGUGGGUUAUAA